AAGCGUAACCUCUUAGUGGACACCCUCUCCCAGAAAGAUCUUACAGCAGCAACCACUAGAACACAGAGCCUUCUACUAGAAACGUGCCUCAAAGAAGGAGUAUUCCCUCAACUUAUAGCUAUCGCUAUAGCCCUUACCCUUCCCCCUACCGAUACCGAUACCGACAUCGUCCAACGAGAAUAUCAACCAAGAAUGUCCUUCGACUGGUCAAUAAUACUUGCACAAAGUAAACUCAAGACGCUCGAGACUUCACAUCGAGGCUGCACGAGAUCUGACAACAAGCCCAGGAAAACGCUACGAAAUCGCAAAAGCGCUAGUGGAAACAGGAAGCUCGUUGAUCUAGCGAGUGGACCCUAUGAGAUCAUCGAGGUCAUGCUUAUAGACACGACAUCCCAGACUCUAUUCGUGUCUACGCAGUCUUUUCUUCAGACAAACUACGCCGCGCUGCCUACACAGAGUCGCUCACGGGCCAGUAAGAAGAUUCACCACCACCGACUGAAGUGA